CUCCGCGUCGCCCCCGCGCUGGGCGGGCCCCGCACGCUUAUUCGGCCCCAGAGGAGCGCCGGUGCCCAGCCUGCCGCCGGCCGCCGCUGCGGGAUGCUGCGCUCCACGUCCACGGUCACCCUGCUCUCGGGCGGCAGCGCCAGGUCGCCUGGGGCGCCCAGCAGGAGGGCCAAUGUCUGCAGACUGCGGCUGACCGUUCCUCCUGAGAGUCCGGUUCCCGAGCAAAGCGAAAAGAAGGUUGAGGGAAAAGAGCAGCAUGUUGACCCAAGCAAAGGAGAAGCUACCAGGAAACUUCCUCAGGGUGUUGUGUAUGGCGUGGUACGAAGAUCAGAUCAAAACCAGCACAAAGAAAUGGUGGUGUACGGCUGGUCCACCAACCAGCUGAAAGAAGAGAUGAACUACAUCAAAGACGUGAGAGCCACUUUGGAAAAAGUAAGGAAGCGAAUGUAUGGAGACUAUGAUGACAUGAGAAAGAAGAUUCGAGAACUCACCAAGGAACUGUCAGUUUCCCAGGCUCGGCAGGACUAUCUAGAGAACCACAUCCAAACCCAGUCAUCUGCCCUGGAUGAUUUUAAUGCCAUGAACUCAGCCUUGGCAUCAGAUUCCAUCGGCCUACAGAAAACCCUCGUGGAUGUGACUUUGGAAAACAGCAACAUUAAAGAUCAAAUCAGAAAUUUGCAGCAGACCUAUGAAGCAUCCAUGGCCAAGCUGCGGGAGAAGCAGAGGCAGUUAGAGGUGGCACAAGCUGAAAACCAGCUUCUGAAAAUGAAGGUGGAAUCGUCCCAAGAAGCCAAUGCCGAGGUGAUGAGAGAGAUGACCAAGAAGCUGUACAGCCAGUACGAAGAGAAGCUACAGGAGGAGCAGCAGAAGCACAGUGUGGAGAAGGAGGCUCUUCUGGAAGAAACCAAUAAUUUUCUGAAAGCAAUUGAAGAAGCCAAUAAAAAGAUGCAGGCGGCAGAGAUCAGCCUCGAGGAGAAAGACCAGAGGAUUGGGGAGCUGGACAGGCUGAUCGAGCGCAUGGAGAAGGAACGCCACCAACUCCAACUCCAACUCCUAGAGCAUGAAACAGAAAUGUCCGGGGAGAUAACCAGUUCUGACCAGGAAAGGUAUCAGCAGCUGGAGGAGGCAUCGGCCAGCCUCCGUGAGCGCAUCAGACACCUAGAUGACAUGGUGCAUUGCCAGCAGAAGAAAGUCAAGCAGAUGGUUGAGGAGAUUGAAUCAUUAAAGAAAAAGUUGCAACAGAAACAGCUUUUAAUAUUGCAGCUUCUAGAAAAGAUAUCUUUCUUAGAAGGAGAGAAUAAUGAACUACAAAGCAAGUUGGACUAUUUGACAGAAAUCCAGGCCAAGACUGAAGUGGAAACCAGAGAGAUUGGAGUGGGCUGUGAUCUUAUACCCAGCCAAACAGGCAGGACUCGUGAAAUCGUGAUGCCUUCCAGGAACUACACCCCGUACACGAGAGUCCUGGAGUUAACCAUGAAGAAAACUCUGACUUAGGCACUUGAAGACGUGCACUUUUUAUACACGGACAAAGGCCCUGGGACCCUGUGGCUUGAAGUCCGGAGAGGAUGACUGUCAUUUUCUGGUAUACACAGAGUAAGCCAGGAUGGACACUGCUGAGCUUCUGGUCGGCUUCUGAGACAGGAGGGAAAGUGAAGGUAGAGGGGGCAGGUGAGAGGGGGAGAGAUAAGGUCACAUUUCAGACACACAACCGGUGUAUGCUGCUGUGCUGCAUCAUCAUUUCUUCUCCAUGUAGACACUGAAAUCCCAUCAGGAGAUUCCCUCACAAUUUAUUUUCUGUUUUGCUAGACUUCGGUUGGGAAGGAAGAGGGCCUUAAUGUGAAAUUUCAUGUUAUUCACGCCAGGAACAUUUGAUGCAGCACGAAGGUCUUGUUUACCCGUAAAAGUAUUAGAGGCAGUGUUUCUCUGGUACAGGGAAGCCUGUCUGCAAGGGGCAUGGGCACCUGGCAAAACUUGAACCUGGAGGGAAGGAAUUCCAGCCUGCAGGUGCUCUUACCUCUUGGUCCCAAAGAUCUGUGCAGGGCCGCGGGAGCCACGGUUAGAGACUUGUGUGGCCCAGACAAGCUUCAUUCUGAUGUGCUAAUCUCUUGGUUUCAUUUGUGCCUUAUGCCUUUAUUGAACCAGCUGAAAUCACUGUAUUUAUUCAACUUGUGAUUUUUUUUUUCUUUAUCACUUUAAAGAGAAUUUUGUGUGUCGUGGAAAUUUAAUCGAAUGUUUUCUGUAUCAAUGGGUGUUUUUGUUAAAUGAAUGAGUAAUCUGUUCAUGCAUGCUCUACUUUGAUAUUAUAACCUAUGUCCACAUAUGUUUAAUAAAUAUAUAUUUUGUUUUACUAA